ACCUGGUAUCCUACAUUCAAACUUUUUCAAAAGGCGCCAAACUGGCCGAACACCCAAUAUGGCGGACCAAGCUCGUCGAAUUUAGGACGGCAGGGAUCAUACCGAAAUUGCUGCAUGACGUUUGUCGCUUACCACCUGAAUGCGGCACAAACAUGCUGCUAGGAGCUGUCGGCAGGGAUCAACAUCUAAUUUGCGAUGCUGGGUUCCGAGAAUGACCAACAUUAGGAGAUACUGAACGUAGGGGAGGACGCGUCGCUACGCGCCGAAUGUUACUGUACGCAAUGUCUAGGGGAGAAAUACAGGGUGGACAUGAGCUAAGGCCUCGCAUCCGACACAAGAAGCCAAAGCGUAUGCUUCGCAGUUGGUAUUCCUUUCUCAACCAGGAGCAACAGAAUAACAAGCUCAGAAUUUCCAGCGCUGUUGAUGAGACGGUGAAGCAGCCCAGUUAUAAAAAUGUCACUUCUAGCCAAGCGUCAAAGGAGAAAGAAGUGGGGGCCUGUGGAGCUGCACCACCCCUUGCAGUUGAUUGCAAUGGCUUUGCUCCGCUGAAAUACACCAACCACAUCAGCCAUGUUGAGAAAGCUGUCAACUGUAAAAACCACACACUGGACUAUGUUUCAGAUCCACUCCAAGGAGGGAGGUGUAUACCUGCUAAUUCUGUAGAAGUGGAAGAUGAAGAUGAAGAGACUGAGGAAGAAGAGGAAGACAGUGAUCUCAUGUGCAGUGUGUGCAGCAAAGGGGAAUCCGAGCCUCCAAAUGAGAUUGUCAUAUGUGACACUUGCAACAAGGGGUUCCACCAGCUCUGUCACCUGCCCAAGAUCAGUGACCAAGUUCUUCUACCCAACAUCCCUUGGCACUGCAGGCACUGUGUACCUGUGGGAUCCGUACGAGUAAGUGUCUUCGGUCCUAUUUUCUUUUCUGUUUGUCACAAAGUUUUGGACCUAAGAUGUGGUCACAUUGAAUUCCAGAAGAGCGCAAAGAACUAUAGGAAUGGUAUGCGGGUGCAGACAUUCAAACUUGGCCUUCCAUAUGACAUAAAGUCUCUGGAAUGGGAUAGCCAUCACAGAACUAACCUCCGAAAUCGCUAUUGCUAUUGUGGAGGUCCUGGAGAGUGGAACAAAAAAAUGUUGCAAUGCCUGGUUUGCCAGCAGUGGUUUCAUGAAGCCUGUAUUCAGAGCUUGGAGACUCCCCUGCUGUAUGGCGACAGAUUUUACAACUUCACAUGCUCUGUGUGCAAUAAUGGUCCCGAGAUUGUAAAAAGGCUUCCGUUGGCCUGGGUUGAUGUCACCCACCUUAUACUGUACAACAUGAAUGUGGAAAACCCCAAAAAGAACUAUGACCUGGACGAGGAUAUCCUCCCGUUUCUCAACUCCAUAUGGCUGGCACUACAACUUCCUCCUGACAUGUCCCGAUCAUCGCCCCGAGAACGUCGGUGUAACAUAUUCCGUUGCCUGGACACUGACGAAUCAAGGUUCAAAGCUACAAAGGACAUGAAGAAGCGACGAUUACUUUGGUGCUUGAGAACGAAAACUGUACCACCCCUUCCACCUGAAGUUUCGCAGCCUGAAAACAAAGACAAUGCAGGAAAAACGGAAGAUGAAGUUUUCACCAAGAAUGCUCCUGCCAGAAGAUCUGUCCCGCAGAAAACACAUUCACCUAGUCCAGACAGAGAAGACAGCCGGAAACGUAGGAACAAUAGCCAUGCAAAGAAUAACAGCACCAGUCGGAAGUUGCCCAAUGGUCUUGUGCGUCACCAGAACAGCAAGGCACCCGUAAAAGCAACCGCAAAAGCACACCUAAAUGGGACCUGCAGAGUUCCACCAAACGGUGCCGUGGGAGGGGGAAGUGCGGCGGCGUUCCUCGAGACGUUUAUCCCUCCUCCUCCAGAUUUUGGGGGCAGCAACCACCCGUUCUACGACUUGGACAAGGGAAGGCCCAAAAAGUGCCGUAGCCGACGUCCCGCGAAGCGAAAGUUACUCAGUCAGAAGGACAUACGGACGGCAUCCAAGCGCCGACGGCGGCGACGCUCGGCCUCGGUUUCGACCACUUACACAGCUGCCACGGAGGAUUCCAGCCACUCUGACACCAGCGACAUGGAAGUUGAAGACGUGGCGUACAACAUUUCACCUCGCUGGCGAAGGCGGUCUCGAGGGAACAGGGAAGUGAACAGUGUGACUGGUAACAUGAAGUUGCUAGCAAGGAGAAUGACGGCCGACGGCAAGAUUCAGUUCCUCAUAGAAAGAGAAGCAUGAGACAGACGAAAGGAAGUGUGUUGGGACCUGCGGGGAAGAUGCACAAAGUGUGUUCAUCUGUUCAGACUGGUGCAUAAAUAUGUGCUAGCAAAUGUGGAGAAUGCAUUUUAAACCUUGAGCCGCGUGCACUUGUACACAACGCAUAGACUGAGUGAAUGUGAACAGUUUAGAAUCUAGGUAUGUUUUGAUAUAACUCCUUUCUGCAUUGCAAAUGGGACAAUGCUGUACAUACCUGACUGUAAAUAUACUAGUUGAUGAGAAUGAAGGUGCUUGUUUUUCUGGCCAUGGCUCGUGCAUAUAAAAUGUUUGUUGAGUGUCCUGUGAGUGGUCACGCCCUGUGUUUUUUUUUUUUUUAAUGCGAUUACAAGGGUGUAGCACAUGAACUGAAUUGUGUAGAAGUAGUAAAAGGAGGAUGGCAAUGAGCUCAAACUGUUAGCACAGAUACUUCUAUUCAACGGGUUAAUCUGACUUCUGUACUUCACAAGUGCUUCGUGGCACUUUCAUCAUUUUAAAUCUUAAGCUUGCUACUGCAUGAGAACCUAUGGAUUACUGCAUUUUUUUUUUUUUCCGUUCUAUACUACAAUAUUGUUGACUUUAUUUUUUCUUUAAAACUUUGAUAACUGACAAGGUAUCCACUGUCAUCGGCAUUGUAUUUUAUAAACUCGUUAACUGUGGUUUUGGUGUAUAAUUAAACAUUCAAUCAUUUCUGCUGUUUAUAAGAAACGAAGUAUCCACGAAGUAUCUCUCACGUCUUUUGCACAAAGAGUGCCAUGUGGGGUGUCAAUCAGGAGAUCAGUGAACAGGAGACAUAUCAGAAUUUAUCUACUGACACUUAUAGCCCUUAUCAGAGUGUCCAAAUAUAAAUUGCAUGAAGACAACUACAAAAGAGAACCUUAGUUCCUAACAUUGCCGCUAAGUGAGAUCAGGAUUUGCCAGGGAGUACAAAGAUGUUGCCAGCCAAGCGUCUGCACAUGUGUGCUAGGUAUGUGUGUUUGGGUGUGCACGUGUGUGUGUGUGGUGGAUGUCUGUUUUUUGAGGCACGUUUUUCAAAACUGCCAGCCAUUUUGUACCCUGUGUAUAUUAGAGGAAAUCAACUUUUUUAAUGGCCUUACACAUGAACCCAUGAUAUUGUGUGUGAGAAAUGAAAAAAAAAGUGCUUUUGACUGUUUCUAUGGUACUGCCGUUAUACUUCACAUUGUUUGCUAGUCGAUUUCCACUUUUCAGUUUCUGUUAGUUCAUUGAGCACCAUGUGUCCUUGUAAAUGGGAAGAGCCUAUAACCGUUUGUCUUACGUGCAGAACAGCAAAAUUCUGUAACAGGCCUCAUUCUGCGAAAAACAGAAUGUUAGCAUCUGUCGGGUUAUUCGUUACCGUUAAAUAUUGUGAGGCAGUAGUUGAAAGAAGCAGCAGUCAUUGGUAAUGACUGUGUGUACCUGUUACCCUGUUUUUCUAGCUAUGUUUUCUGGGCUGUGGUGUCACCAUCCUGGCAGGGGUGGCUUUUGUAUUCCAUUUUGGACGUUAAUGUGGCCGGACCAUUGUUGAGUGUGAGGAGUGAUGACCUCAUGGUAGUGACACUGACAACAUUAAAAGUCUUUGAAUGGUACCAAAGAAUGAUACUGUCCGUUUGGUGGUGUUUGCUUCAAAGUGCUGUUAAAGUGGAAUAAAAUAUAUUUACAUUGUA